UUUAUUUUCAUCGUGUUCGGUCGGUCAGGUGGACCAAGUCUUUGAGUCAUGAUGCGCAAGAAUGAACUUCUUGCUCCUUCGUAUAUCAAACAUAAAAAAAACUACCUCAAACACCUGCUCCAUCGCGGUCUCCACGUGGACAGCAAUAAAAUGUAGAACUUGAUUGAAAAAUCUGAUGGCGCCGGGACGCGGCCACGGCCGCUGGUCGGGGGUUUCAUUUUCGAGUGUAGUUGUACCAAGAACCGCAGCCGGAAGCGGAGCUCGUCCUCAUACUCGAACAAGAAGAAUCGUGCGCUGUUCUUUCGUGUUGUCCGCGCUAGUAGCCAACCUCGUGCCGCAGACCGCGAUAUCUGUCGCCGCUCUCAGCACGUUCGGGUUUCUCAAUGGCGAGCAGUUUCUACAGCUGGACAAAAAGCAAUAUGCUCUCGACGUCCUUAAUACGAAGGAGCAGGUACAACCACUAGAGACACGUCACCAUGGGGCUGAGGAUAAGAAACUCUCUGGCGCUUCCCCCAAACGCAAACCGAAUCCUUCGUGGAUCUCGAGCGCCAAAAAGAACCAGUCGGCGUUCCGGUCCUUUCUGAAGCAAACCGCCGGCGCUGGUGGUACUGGUACUGCCGGCGACGACGACCCUCACAAGAACUACAAAACGGGGAGUACUACUAGUAUCGCAAGAAAAAAGUGUUACAGUUACACAUUGUGUUGCAAAACACGCAUGGCAGACAGCCUCUGUCAUGCACGAAAUGCUUUCAAACCUUGUUUCAUACGUGUUUUCCCGUAGGAUUUCAGCAAUGCAAGUUUUCUCUCUCAUGCAGAGAAAUUUGUGUUGCUGAAUUGACAACAAAUGUGUAACUGUAACACUUUUUUCUUGGGAUAACUAGAGCGGGAGAUCUAGUAGUUCUCCUGGCGGAAAAUAAUGAGAAACAAGGCAGAAUAUCAAGCAGAAUCAGAAAGUCACGGGAAGAUGAUGCGGCUUCCACGCAACUACAUGGUCGCCAAGACCCUUAUGGCGUUCUCAACUGUUACAUUCUCAACUGUUACAUGACUUUGCCAUGCAAGAAUGGCAAAAAUGAAAGGAGGGAGCUUGCGCGUCUUGCAUGACAGAUUUGGUACAGAUUUAAACGCUGUUUAGCCAUUCGAGAACUUGUCAUGCGAAGCAGCGCGAUCGUCUGGUGGCUCAUGGUCAUUUUGCAUGACAAAUCAUGUAACAGCUGAGAAUGUAACAUUUGAGAACGCCAUAACCCUGUCGUGCAGCCGGGUACCCCGACCACGCCAGCAGGUGCCGCAGGAGCUACAACAGAUCGUGCUGCUUCGCCGUCCGCAAGAACCGGAACUGCAAGCGGGACAACAGAAUCCACCGCCGCUUUAUCACAGGAAAAAAGUGUUACAGUUACACAUUUGAUGGAAUUUCAGCAUGACAAAUGUGCUCUGCAUGGCAGAGAAAACUUGUAAUGCCAAGGGAAAACACCAAUAAAUGAGAAUGACGCUGGCAAGCAAAAGCAUUUCCUGCAUGACAGAGGUUGUCUGUCUUGCUCGUCCUGCGUCAGAGUGUGUAACUGUAGCACUUUUUUCUCACGAUACGCUUCCAGUUCCCCGCACUACCAGCGAUUCAAGAAAGAGAACCCGCGACACCCGGCGUUCCCGAAUGAGAGUGCACAACUCCCCCUCCCCCUCAUUUGUAUAGCAUGAACACCACUACAAAAGCCAGCACACGUGGAGGCUACGCAUGACAAAUUUGUGUACCUAUUGUAGUACUGUUUGGGCUUCCGGAAUUUGUCAUGCAGCCAGCAGUGCUACAGCUACAAGGCAGUGACUGGAUUUGGGAUUUUGCAUGAGAAAUGAGGAGGAGGCGGAGUAGUGCACUGUCAUAUCCCGAAUGCGGAAGACAGAAGGGCCGAGUCGUUGACCAUCGGGCUGCUGUUUUUUUUCAUUGCGGGAUGCUGCGUCGCAGCGUUAUACUUUCUGGACCAGCUAGACACGUUUUUCACGAAGGGCAUCUACGGAACUAUCAAAUGCAAAUAUAUCUGGCUCUGGAAGAUUCUUAACUUGUAAUGCUGUCUCUGGAUUCUAAAAAAAUUUCAAUUUGUAUUGCAUGACCAGCAAGUGCAAGAGGACUCCAGUUUGUGCUACGCGGAGAGGGCAUUUCUCACACGGUAGAGGCUUCGCAAAGCCCUCUAAAAAUCUGUGACGCUAGGGCAUACCUCACAGACAUCAGGGGUCAUUCAAAAUAUGCAUGACAAGCCUGGCAAUCUUCCAGACCCAGACAUAUUUGCAGUUCAUAGGAACGAAAGGUCAACAACAACCAGGUCAUCAGACGGGCAACGCAUCUUCCGGACAUAUCCUGAGUAAAAACGUUCCCACACCAGAGUUGUCAUGCAAAUAUGCAAUGACAGGAACAUUUGUAAUGCGCAGCUCCAUGAGGGGAAUUUCCAAUGCCAAUCGUGUAGUUUUGGAAUUUGUGAUGCUGUAAACAGGAUGUGAAAGUGGCUUUCUCAUGCGGCUUCUCUUGCCAAUCAGAACUACACUGCAGAGGGAAACUUGUGAUGCACAGCUCUCAAAAUUUGGAGAUUUGUGUUGCUAGAUUCUCAACUUGACUAUGGGGUGGGGACGUUUUUGCUCAGGAUAGGACAGAGCGGCAGCGACGCCGAGCAGCCGCAGCACGAGAAGCAAAAGCUGUCGAUCUUUGGUAACCUCACCAACGGCACCAAGUACGAAAAAAUGUCGGUGCUAGCGCCGUAUCCUGUGCAAAAGUAUCGCACUCGUAGUAAUUGCAGUCAUGCAUUGCAAAUCUUUUCCUUAAGGUAAAUCCGCAUUACAAAUUUUAUUUCUCAUGCUGAAGAAAUUUGUAAUGCAUUUAUACGAUUACGAUAGGAUACUUUUGCAGUUCAUGCGCCGUUUCUGGUGCCGCCGGGGCUUGUUAUUUGAGAAAAAAAGAAUGUAGGUGUAACUACUUUUUUAUUGGAGGAACAGCAUUACAAAUAGAAGUAUCUGUCUGGCAUUGAUGACAGCAAAAUCCUGUCGUGCGCAGUUGACGUACGUGGAAUAAACGCGCCUGGAUGGCGCUCAGAAUGCAUGACCAGCGUGACAGACGCAUUGUUCCCUUUGCAUGGUGCGCAUCUUCACAAAGUUUUUUUCUUCGAUACUCCUUUGGGCGAGCGCAUUAAUGGUGGGAAUGCUCACGUGGAACGCGCCGGUGCGUGGCUGGCUGAAAUACCACUCGCACGAGUAAGUAAGUAAGUGCACCAGAAGUACCAUUCUUGAUCCACUUGUUCGAACAAGAUGCGGCAGGAUCGAUAAUUGGGGUGUAAGUACAAAAAUGCAUUUGAAUAUGAAUUUGUUUCGGACGCGUGACGAAUGGUCCAAAUUUAUGGAUACAAGUACAACUCGUCUUCAGGUACUCCAUCUGCUCGGAAAUGUUGGCCUACCUUUUCAUAUCCAUUGCAAAAAAUAUGUCUGGGUCUGGAGAGCGACAGGUGCAGAAGAUUGUUGUAUAUAUAAUGCAGGUUUUGCUUCACACAAAAAAUAGUACACAGAAAUAAAGCAUUACAGAUUCUUCUUUGGCGCUUGUUGCCUCUUGAUCCCUUGUCGCCCGCAUGAGAUGAAAUGAAGAUGAACAGCUUUUGGAAAUUGCGCAACACAGAUUUUUGUGUGAUCUGGAUUUUGCAUCACAAGUCUGCAGCCUUCCAGUAGACCCAAGCAUUAUUUUUGGAAUUCACAACUCACCGGCACUGCCGUCUCCGCUUUUGACGUUGCGAUCCAGUGUUACUUAUCUUGUGCAAAAGUAUCGUACUCGUAUUGCAAUCAUGCAUUACAAAUCCUUUUGCUAAGGUAAAUCCGCAUUACAAAUUUCAUUUCUCAUGCUGAGAAAAUUUGUAAUGCAUAUAUACGAGUACGAUGCUUUUGCAGUUCAUAUUACUUUCGUUACAAGCCUACAGUCGAGCUUCGCUCCGUGGCGGUGGCGACGAGUUUUCUCACACUGGGGGUGCACAUUAUGGAAGUGUCAGAAUCGAAAUUGACAAAAUCGAAAGAUUUGUGAUGCAAAAUAUCGACACCAGUUGGAGCCUCAGUUUCCAAGUGGCGCAUGACAAAUUUCGGGAGCUGCACCCCAGUCCGGUCUGUCAUGCUGUGUGGGCAAAGAAGACUGCUCCUGUCAUGCUACUCUGGCAGCACAUUGCGCACCCCUCAACUACAGGCUUACAAUCGGUCUCAUUUGCCUGCUUCCCAAUACAGGCCUUCAGUGCCCUACAUUUUACGUAUGACAAGUUUUUCGAUUUUGUCGUUUUCGAUCCUCACACAUUCAUACACAUCUGGGGCGGCUGGCUGGCGUUCACCCCGGGCCACUUUGCGUACUGUAUUGUGAGGAAAAAUCCCCCCUCCCUCAAAAUUUGUGAUGCUGAUUUGCGGCCACAAAUCAAGUCUGUCCUGCAGUGGAGCAACGCCAGGGCUUCCGCUGCAUUUCGCAGGCGAUUUGUAAUGCUGCUACGCUACUAGAGCGGAUGUCUGUCAUGCUAAGUGCCUACCCUGCUAAGCCACCCCGUUCCGGGCUUUGUAUCUGUCUGCAGUCCUCCUCCUCCACCGCAAGACAAAUCCGAUUUGUGUACACAAAUCCGGCAUCACAGAUUUUCAUUUUGAUAUGGGGAGGGGGCAUUUUUCCUCUGAAUAUACUGCGUCCCCUUGCUUUCCUACACGGUGUUCGUCAACGCAUUCAUCAGUUUGGUCGCCAUUUCGAUCUACUUCCUGGUCAUGGGCGCGCUGCUGUUCUACAAGUGGAGAUAUCUGCGGAAUUACGUGCCAGGUGGUACUAGCGGUAGUGCCAAAAACUACAUGCCAAACAGAAACACCAGCGCAGCAGGAGGUCAUCUUCAUGGUCAACAGCCUUCGGGUAUCCUGUGCAAAAGUAUCGUACAUACUCGUAUAAAUGCCAGUCUUGCAUUACAAAUCUUUUUCUUGAGGUAAAUCCGCAUUACAAAUUUUCUUUCUGAUGCUGAGAAAAUUUGUAAUGCAUUUAUACGAAUACGAUACUUUUGCACAGGAUAUCGGGGCAGCAGAAUUUAGGAGCACCGGACGGGCGGGGGGAGAGAACUUCCGGCGCAGGAUAUUACAGUGAAAAAUGCCUCCACCCCCAAAGCUGCAAGAAUUUGUGAUGCGAGGUUUCCAAAUGAAAACUUUUUGUCAUGCAUGAAAGGAGUAUGAGUCUUUCUGAUGCAGACUCUAGGCGUAUAUCGCAUCGCUGGCACAACAAGCGCCGCCCUUGCUGGGAUCUUUUGCAAUACAAAUUUUUGCUACUCGUGAUUGGAAAUCUGUGAUGCUGAUAGAUGCAAGAGGGCGAGCGUUUCACUUUGAAAGGUUUGCAACACAAAUGCUCCCAAGUUCGGGGGUGGGGGCAUUUUUCAUUGUAAUGCAGGAGCAGCGCCUCCUCCCGCAGCGGCACCGAUGCUCGCGAAUAAUGAUCCGCCACAGGCAAGAACAGCAGCGCGGCCCCCGGGAUUUGCCUAUAACUAGUGCUGUAUCUUUCUGAGCAAAAACCUUCCCACCCCAUAUAGUGAACAAGAUGGGAAAUCUGCUAGACACAUCAGCCAGCUUUGGCUGUUUCGCAUGACAGGUUUGUCCUUGUAGUGUAAUCCUGUCUACUAGCUAGCUCAGCCGCAUCACAGAUCUAGCACAUCGCGCUGAUUCUAGCAUCACAAAUUCCAAAACACAGCUUGGGAAUACCUCUCAUGGGUCUCCGCAUGAGACACUUCUUUGGCAUGCAGAUUUGCGUGACAAUUCUGGGGUGGGAACGAACGUUUUUACUCAGAAUAUGCUGGGGUCGAUCUUCAUGCAGCUCCGGUGGCUUUUUUCUUUUCCAUCACGUCGUCUUGCUGAAAGUAAAGUAAAACAUCACCGCAGCAAAAGUUGUUGUACCAAAAUUUGGAGAAUUCGCUUUCAUCGACGUUUCAAUAUCAUUUUCCAUUUUUUUUCCGAAGAAGAUCAGAUGGCGGGUCGGAAAUGAAUUUUCAGCACAGGUUGUACCUAGGGUAGGUCGUGCCCUAGGAUUGAUGUUUUGAAAUUAUGAAUAGACUUUCGAGCAAGAAAAAGAAAUCGAAAGCAUAAGCGGGUCCUCUUCUUGUUCGCGACAGCCACGUAAGUACUUCUUUCUGUCUCCC